AUGGGCCAACCCUCAGUUACAAGAGAAUAUACAUGGGAAGAAUCCAUAGAGUCAGGUGAUGAAUGAGUUACUGUUGAAGAAUAUAUCGACGGGGAAUUUACAAAGUACCUAAACAACACAGGAAAACCUUGUGACAUAGACUCUGACAUUUGGAAGAAAUGUGAAAGUCUAGCUCACUUGUCUUAUGAACGUUCGAGUGGAAAUCUCAUGGUCGUAGAUAUGCAGGGCAGUGGACACACUUUGUUUACACUGUUUACAAGUUUGUUGAGUUAG